CAGAGCUUUUAAAACUUAUAUCGCCUCUAUAAAUAAAUCGAUAAGAAGUUAGAACCCUCUGGAAUUUCUCCAAAUUUCAAUGUUCUUUAAAUUUUUAUAGCUCAUGCUUUGAUUUUUUUAUAUAUUUUUUAUUCUUUUGAUCCACCAAAUUAUUAGAUAUAUGCCUUAGUUCAUCAAUAAAAACGUCAGCGAGAUCAUGAUAUAUAUAUAAUACUUUGGUUUUUGUUCAUUAGGAGCAAAGGAAAAAGAUUAAAUCCACACCUAGAUGAGGAUUUAAAAACUCCCACCCCUCGUGAUAGAAUACAUUUAGAUUUCCGAAACCGUGGUGCCAAAAAAGCUAAACAUAGAGGGGGAUUAUUACAAGAUGUCAAUCAAGAGGUGAUUGAGAAUACAAUUGAUAAUGUUUUUGAAGAAGAGAAUGAUGACGAAGAAGAGCAAGGAAAUGAAGACCAGGGAAAUGAAAUGGUUGAACAACAAAUAGAACACGUUGAAAAUGUAGAGGAAGAAGAACAAGGACAGGGAAAAUAAGGAGAAGGACAAGAUGAAUAGAAUGAUGAGGAAGGAGAGGAAGAAGAGGAGGAAAAGGAGAGAGAGGAUGAAUAGGAGGACGAGGAGGAAGAGGAAGAAGAGCAACAAAUUGUUCAUGUUAGAAGAGAAAAAUAUGCCGAAGCCGCCUUGUGAUAGAUACUCACACAUUCCCCCUGAUAAUUUGUGCUUUUCACAAGUGAACCCAACUUAUGGUACUCCAAAUGAUGGAGGGGAAACAUUGCUUGGCUACAAACACUCAUGGGAUGCGAAGAUCUAUGCGACAAAGGAUCAUAAAGAUGCAGUUCGUCUUAUUCGUCGUCAAAAGGCGUCGAAAUGGGAUAUUUCUUUGGAGUGUGACGAGUUUCAAACAAAGGUUAAAGAAUGUGUGUUAUGGAGAGCUAUUGAGUAAGCAUUUGUGGAUUUUGUCACAUUGUAAUAAAUGGAUUAAGGCUACUUUUAAGAAAUCGAGAUAUGAGCUGCCACCAUUUGUGUAACAAAUUCAUGGCCUGUUUCAAUCAAAAUGAGUUGUAAUUCAUGUUCACAUGUGAGUCCUGGUGUCUUGUUUUGUGCGUAGAAUCUAAUCAACUAAGAUUUUCUAAAGAUUUCAAUUCUAGAGUUGCCACAAAUUAG